AUGGACCACUGCAACGUCCACCCUUCCUUCAAGUCGAAGCCCGUGUACGAGCUCCGUUGUCGGGUUUGCGAGAGCCUUCUCUGUGUCCGCGGCAUGCGAGCCAUUCUCCUCGCCGAUAGGAACGUGGAGCUCUAUUCCACGGAUCUCCCUCCCCCAGGAGCGCUCCUGGUUCUGGGAAGUGACUACGAGACAGAGAACUGCCGCUGUAGGAUCAGCGACGCCGCCUGUGGAAAGUGUGGUAUAGUGGUGGGAUAUCAUGUAACUCUCCCCUGUCAGUCAUGUCUCAGUUCUUGUAACAACGGACAUCUCUGGAUGUACAAUGCAGCUGACAUUUCAGCCACAGAAAGACUUGACACUAACGGUGAUGGGAUAAUGGUGUGGGCCCGGAUCCCAGUCUGCAGUGACGACAUGGGGAUGAGACCUCAGUCUCAGAUUGCAGCUGACUGGGUGGAAUGCUGCCGAUGAACUUCCAUUUUUCACCUCACCUCACUUCUUCCUCUCUCUCUCUCUCCUCUUUCUCUCUAUUGCAGUAAUAAAAGCCAUACUCCCAUUUCUGUCCACUUCGUCUUACACCAAGUAGUCACAAAAAUUGUCUGUCCUUUUUCUGCUCCCCAAUUCAUGAGCUCAUGUGAUGAUCACAUGCAAGUCAUGUGACAUUCAAUUCACCUAUGUCAUGCUUCAGCUUUAUUAUUAUACACAUGAAACAUAUUAUGGUCGCAAGUUCUAGAAAGUCAACCUGAAUUAACUGAUUCUGCAGCGACAAUGGACUACAAACAUCAGUGAAUAUAUAUACAUAAUGGUGGACAACGGUAUGGUGUGAUGGGCAUCAUUUAGAACAUACACCAGCUUUUGAAUGAAUGGAGAGUCAAUGAUUGCUAUAUACAUUACACAAUAACAUAAUACAGCAGAAGGAAGGAAGUGGAGAGAGAGGGGAGGAGAGAGGAGAGGAGAGGAUCAUGAUUUGAGCCACGGGUGUUGCAGACACUCGUGGGCGGUGGCCCUGGCGGGAGGGAAGAAGGCCAUCAUUGGAGUCAGGAAUGCUGUGAAUGCAGCUGCUUCUUCCACCUCCCAAUGGUACUUCUCCGUCAACACGUCCCUCAGACCCCAGGGUCUGAGAUUGUGAAUGUGCCUCAGUUCUCCCUUCCUGUUGAAGUAUUCUUUGGAGUAGUGACCCGAGAGGGCAAUGUGGCUUGGAAUGGGUCCCAGCAGCUCAAUGACGUGUGCUAUGUGGUCUACAGGGGAAACACGACACAACAUUUUACACUUUUUGCCGGCAAAAAUUUGUUCGUUUCUCAAACUGUGAAAUUAUACCUUUACACUGUGUGUCCAGGAUGUAUGCGUGCAUAAUAAUAAAAAAUUUGCCCAUACUUAUAUACUUGGAACAAA